AUGGGGGUUCUGGUGGUGCUGUUGGAGGUGCUGAGCUUCCUGGGGGUGGCUCUGGGGAGCCUCCCUGCCCUCCACUGGGACAGCACCUCCUGCCACUUGGCCAACCCCAUCUCCGGCAGCCCCUUGGGGUCCCUUAGCUUCCUGGGUAAGAAUGCACAGGGCCUGGCCCUGUUCCAUGCCCGCUGGGAUGGGCACGGGAAGCUGCAGGUGUGCAGCCAGGAGGAUGAGCCAGAGCUCACUGCAGCCUUCAGUGCCCUUUGUGCUGAUGAGAUCACUCGGGGCUCCUUCAUCCACACCCCUGGACCUGAGCUGCAGAGAGCCCUGGCCAGCCUUCAGAGUCAGUGGGAGGCCUGCAGAGGGUCUGCCAAGAGUCCAGCAGGGGCCAGAGAGAAGCGAGCAGCAGGGCAGAGUGGCACAUCUGGCAUAGGGCACCAGCGGGUGAAGAGGGGCUGGACCAUGCCUGGCACACUUUGGUGUGGAGUCGGGGACUCCGCCGGGAACUCAUCGGAACUGGGGGUCUUCCAGGGCCCAGAUCUCUGCUGCCGGGAACAUGACCACUGCCCACAGAACGUCUCGCCCUUCCAGUACAACUAUGGCAUCCGAAACUACCGAUUCCACACUGUCUCCCACUGUGACUGUGAUGCCAGAUUCCAGCAGUGCCUGCAGAACCAGCAGGACUCCAUCUCCGACAUCGUGGGCAUGGCCUUCUUCAACGUGCUGGCGAUCCCUUGCUUCGUGCUGGAGGAGCAGGAGGCCUGUGUGGCGUGGUACUGGUGGGGCGGGUGUAGAACGUAUGGCUCUGUACCUCUCGCUCGCCUCCAGCCCAGUACCAUCUACAAUGCCUCCUGGAGCUCCUCUACCACCCCCUUGACCCCCAGCACCCAGAACCCAGCCCCCAGCAAGCCUCGGCGGAUGCAGCGGGAAGAGUCCAAGCACCCCAGCAAAGCCAACACCACAGCCCUUCAGGCCCCUGUGACCUCGCAUGGGCCUGAUAUGGCACCUAUGGCCCAGCUGAAGGUCACACAUACAGGCCUCCAGGAAACAUGGCAGGGCCUAAAACCUCAGGGUGCCCGCCAGGCCUGCCGUGGCUUCCGCUGUUUGGACCAGUGUGAGCAUCAGAUCGGGCCCCAGGAGACCAAAUUCCAGCUGUUCAAUAGUGCCCAUGAACCCCUCUUCCACUGCAACUGCACAUGCCGCCUGGCACGCUUCCUGAGUCUCCACAGCCCACCUGCAGGUGCCAGUGUGCUUUGGGAGCUGCUGGGCAUGACUUGUUUCAAGCUGGUCCUGCCACCCGACUGUGCUGAGGGCAAAGGCUGUUCCAGGGACCUUAGGGCCAUCAAGGUGUCAACUCGGCACUUGCAGCGACUUCAGCAGAGGCGGGUUCAGCUCCAGGGUACAGGCACAGACAACGGGCAGGCAUGGCCUUCAGAGCACCCAAGGGCCCCUGUGUCAUUCCAUGACCGGUGCCUGCAGCUGACCCAGGCAGCCGGAGGAUCUGAGGGGCAGCUCAAAUCCCAGAACCAGUGACCUCAGUUCCAGCUCUCCUGGGUCCCAGACUGGACCUCACCUCUGGGUUUGCCAGGCCCUGGAGGUCUCGACCUCUCCAUGUGUUAGACUGAAGCAUGGCGUGGACUCUUGUGAACAGUCAGGAAGCUGUAUGGAGAGGGUAGGGGACCAAGGUCCAAAUGCUGGACCACAUUUCCUGCUCUGCUGGGUGAUCUUGGGCUGGUGAUGUAACCUCUCUGUGCUUGGAUAUGGUAUUCA